CACACCAAACCCAAACCCAAACCGCACACGCUGUUCAAAACCGACCCUUCCGUUUCCGUCUUUCCAUCCAAACCCAAAAACACCAAAACCAAACCCAAAAACAAAAAAACAAAGCUCUCUCUUAAAAUAAUCUGAGCCGUUGGAUUUGAUCAUAUCUGAAUCUUGAAAGCCGAGGCGAGCAAUGGUAGGAGAGCCACAUCGUAACUCGCCGACAUGGAACUCGGAGCCGAGACUCGGAUGAUGGAACUCACCGAUUCAAGCGACGAACUCAGUAGGGUUAGGGACGAGUCUAGGCACUCGGCCGAGGAGACUCGGUCCGGUAUCGGAAUUGGACUCGGCCUCGGAAUCGAUCUCAAUGAGAUCCCCUCGCCUUCGCUCCACGAAACCCUACCCGAUUCGUUCGAAGUCGUCCGGAACUUCCACGACAACCCUCCGCCGCCGCUAGGAGGCCCUGCGGAACUCCCUGGUGCAGAGAACGACGCCGGCGCCGGCAAUAUCAACCACGCGCGCCGCUCCUCUGGCGUUUGUGGUGCGUGCGGAGGGCCUGAGGUUAAAGGCCAAGUUGUCGUCUGCGAUGGCUGCGAGCGCGGCUUCCACAUCGGCUGCGCAGGAGCGAGAGGCCGCCAGGUUUUGAGUCACGACGAGUGGAUUUGUACGGAGUGCGAGUGCAGCGGUGUGAAGAGCAAGCGUUGGCCUCUUGGGGUUAAGUCCAAGCGGAUUUUGGACAUCAACUCUUCGCCGCCGAGCGACGCCGAUGCCGACGGUGAGGCCACGGUGGAGUUAUUGGGUUCGAGAAAACACACUCCAGGUGAUAAUUCUUUUGGUCGCAAUCCAUUUGGUGCUCCAGUGACAUUCCCUAACUUUUUGUUCGCGGGAAAUGGCUUUGGAUUUCCAAAAGCUUCUGGGAUUUUGACACACACUGUCAAAUUGGGUUUUGAAGAUAUAUUGCAACAUUCACAGAGUACUAAUAGAAAAUAUGAGGAGGUAGAUUUGGGUUUCCCACUAGGAAGGUGUAAGAGUAGUAAUAAUACAGUUAUUAGACGAUCAUCUCCGAAUCCUAGCGAGAUUUUUUUGCAAGCUCUUAGAGAUUUUGUUUCUGAAAGGCAUGGUGUGCUGGAGGAAGGUUGGCGCGUGGAAUUUAGACAAUCAAUGGGCAAUUGUGAACUGUGUGCUGUUUACUGUGCUCCAGAUGGGAAGAUAUUUGAUUCAGUGUAUGAAGUUGCUUGUUAUCUUGGGCUGAAGCCUAACUUCAACACUUUGGAACCUGAAGUAAGAAGUGAGGGUUCUCAGUCAAUGUCUGGAAGGUCUCAUCUAUCAAGGAAAAGGAAGUCAUCAAGAAUUUCAAUUGCUAAUGGUUUUGCUGAAAAUAAGGAAAUUUUGACCAGUGAUAAUCAUAAAGAGCUCUCAUCAAAUGGCCUGACUAUGGAAGUCUGUUCAAAUACUGUUGGGAAUAAUGUAAAAGUUACAGAAACUGGGACAGAAGAGAAUGCUUACUCUGGGUCUCAGCAGUCUAAAGAUGGGUUUCCUGUGCAGUUUGAAGAUUUUUUUGUUCUUUCACUUGGAGAGCUUGAUGCUAGGGCUUCAUAUCAUGAUGUUAGCCAGAUCUGGCCUGUAGGAUAUAGAUCCUGUUGGCACGAUAAGAUUACUGGUUCUCUUUUUAUGUGUGAAGUGUCAGAUGGUGGUGAUUCUGGACCUAUCUUUAGGGUCAGAAGGUGUUCAUGCUCUGUGUUGUCCAUUCCAAAUGGGGUAACUGUCAUCUUCAGGCAAAACCUUGGGCAGUUUGUUGAUCAAAUUAAUGAAGAAAUCAAUGAUAUUACUUCCCAUGAUAUGGAUUGUGAUAAUGAUAGUGGAAUUCAGACUAUUCUUUCAGACCCCUGCCCGCCUUCAGAAAAUGAUAUUUUGUCCUGUCUUCGGAGUAGUUCAAAUGGAGCUUGUGAUGUUCAAACAUUAGGCGAUUUAGGUUUGAGAGAUGAAAUUGGCGAGAUUUUAGUAGAAGAUCGCUCGUCAUCUUCUGCAUGGAAAAAGGUGGCUAAAAAAAUCAUUACUGCUUGCUCUGAAAUCUGUGAACGGAAAGGCACUUUAAAGUUCUUCUGCAAGCAUGUUGAAAAUGAAAUAGGCAUACCUAAUAGUUACAUAGCAUCUGAUAAAAGCCAAGUGAAUUGGACAUUAUUAUCUAAAUUCUGCCGUUCACAGGCUUCCCUCAGCAUCCCAUCUGUAUUUCGGGCUGACAAUGAGCUGGAGACUUCAUUUAAUGUACUGGAAAAAUGGUUGGAGCAGGAUAGAUUUGGAUUAGAUGCGGAAUUUGUGCAGGAAAUCAUAGAACAGCUUCCUGGGGUACAAACCUGUUCACGCUAUGAGUUUCUGAUAAAUAGAGGUAAUUAUUCUGCUUCACCAACAGUUGGAAAUGGGCUCCUGAUGGUCAAAUUGAAAGGUGCUUUACAUUGCAUUGAAGAAGAAGCAUUGGAUGGAUUAUUUAGGAGAUCCAAAAAAGCCAGGUUGGUUGAAAACCAUGUCAUUUAUGACUGUCCUCCUCCUGGUAAGCCUUUGUGCUCGAGGGUUCCCCAUGAACUUGUUGGUGAUGUUUAUCAGGCUUGGGAGUUACUGUGGCGUUUUCAUGAAAUUUUGAGUCUGAAAGAACCUUUGUCAUUGGAGGAACUUGAAGAAGAACUCAUCAAUCCAUGGUCAGAUGGCACAAAUCUUCUAGAGAAAUUUGAAAAGGAGACCCAGGGGAGUCAUGGUGUACAGUCACAUAGAAUUGAUGGUACUGGUGGAUCAAUCUUAUCCCCAAGCUGUAAAUCUUCUCCUUCACUAGAUGCAGAAAAUCCGCAUGUGUUUAUACAAAUGGAAACAGGGGCGACAAAGGAGGCAGCUCAAGCUAAACUUGCAUCUCUUACUUACAGUAGAAGCUCUGGUGUAGCCUUAACUAAGGCUCAUAAAUCUCUGCUAAGAGUGCUGAUAGGUGAGCUGCAAUCCAAGGUUGCUGCACUAGUUGAUCCAAAUUUUGAUUCCGGAGAGUCAAAAUCAAAACGGGGAAGGAAGAAAGAUGUGGAUAGCGGUAUUCCUGCUAAAAUAACUAAGAUCAAUAUGCUGCCUAUUAAUGAACUAACUUGGCCAGAAUUAGCUCGAAGAUACAUCUUGGCUGUCUUAUCCAUGGAUGGUAAUCUUGACUCUGCAGAGAUUACUGCUCGUGAAAGUGGUAAGGUCUUUCGCUGUUUGAAAGGUGAUGGUGGGGUGCUUUGUGGCUCACUUACUGGAGUGGCUGGAAUGGAAGCUGAUGCCCUUUUGCUUGCAGAGGCUACAAAGCAAAUUUUUGGUUCUUUGAACAGAGAAAAUGAUGUUCUUGCCAUAGAAGAUGAAGCUUCUGAUGCAAAUGCAACUGGUGCUUCCGAGAAGAAUUGUGUGAAUGGUGAUAAUAUACCUGAGUGGGCAAAGGUGCUGGAACCUGUUAGAAAACUACCCACAAAUGUGGGAACAAGGAUCAGAAAGUGUGUUUAUGAAGCUUUGGAUAAAGGUCCACCGGAGUGGGCAAAGAAGAUAUUGGAACAUUCAAUCAGUAAAGAAGUGUACAAGGGCAAUGCAUCAGGACCUACAAAGAAAGCUGUUCUUUCAGUGCUAGCUGAUGUAUGUGGUGACAAAGUGCAACAAAAAUCUGUGAAGGGGGCAAAACAGAAGACCUUUAUCUCUAUAUCCGACAUCAUCAUGAAGCGAUGCCGUAUUGUGUUACGUCAUGCUGCUGCUGCAGAUGAUACAAAAGUUUUCUGCACUCUGCUGGGGAGAAAACCUAUAAAUUCAAGCGAUAAUGAUGAUGAGGGAUUUCUUGGAUCUCCUGCCAUGGUAUCUCGUCCUUUGGACUUCAGGACCAUUGAUUUGAGAUUGGCAACUGGGGCCUAUGGUGGAUCUCAUGAAGCGUUUCUUGAGGACAUUCGGGAGUUAUGGAAUACUAUUCGCACUGCUUAUGGGGAUCAGCCUGAUUUGGUUGAAUUGGCUGAGACAUUAUCUCAGAACUUUGAAUUAUUGUAUGAAAAGGAGGUUGCUACUGUUGUCCAGAAAUUUGGGGAGUACACUAAAUUGGAAAGAUUUAGUGCUGAAACAAGGAAGGAAAUUGACGAGUUUCUUGCUUCCACAAAUGAGAUUCCCAAAGCCCCUUGGGAUGAGGAAGUUUGCAGAGUAUGUGGCAUUGAUAGAGAUGAUGACAGUGUCCUACUAUGUGAUACUUGUGAUGCUGAGUAUCAUACUUAUUGCUUGGAUCCUCCACUUGCAAGGAUUCCUGAAGGAAACUGGUAUUGCCCUACUUGUGCUGGUAAACGCAUGGUUCAAGAUGCCUCAGAACACAUCCAGGUCAUUAACCGACGCCAGAGUAAAAAGUAUCAGGGAGAAUUUACCCGUGUUUACUUGGAGGCACUUACACAAUUAUCAUCUGUAAUGGAAGAGAAAGAGUACUGGGAGUUCAGUGUAGGCGAGAGAACAUUCCUGCUCAAAUUUUUAUGUGAUGAGUUACUUAACUCAGCUCUUAUCCGUCAGCACCUUGAGCAGUGCCCCGAGUCAUCAGCUGAAUUGCAGCAGAAAUUGCGUUCUUUAUCUGUUGAAUUGAAGAAUCUUAAGGCCAAGGAAGAAAACUUGGCUGCACGAGUUGCGAAGGCUGAUACAAGUUUGCUUAAUGGUGUUGGGGAAGUUAAUGUAAAAGAAGGUGUUGCUAAUAAACUUACAAACCAGGGAAAUUGUUUGGGACGGACGCAAAUUUCAACUGGUACUCCUAACCAUUUUGGAGUCUUCUCUAAUGAACUGCCGCAUCCAGAGGGUGAUCAAGAUGAAUCUGGGCUUAAUGGUGCUGAUAAACACCCACCUGUUGUCACUGGUUCAGAGAAUAACAUUCAAAUUAUGAAUUACAUAGACACUGAAGUUCAUUUAAAAGAUGUCAAUGGUGUGGUGGAUGACAGGAAAGUAGCUGGCAACCUUUUCUCCCAUAGUGCUUCUCAAGAGACUGACAAAUCCAGUAGACCAAAUGGGUUGCCCAGAUCAAAUUCACUGUCCCAAGAAAUUAAUGGCUCUGCUGGAGACAUCGAUUUCCAGGAUAACUUGCAAGAAUACAAGGGAAGGGAGAUUUCUUUGUCACCUUCUGAUCGGCAAGGACAUAGUACUGCUACCAAGGUGAGCAGUCAUGCAGCUCAGCAUGCUCCUGUUGGUGCAAAUGAGUCACAGGCCUGUCAUCUUGAGUUGAACUCUGUGAAGAAUGACAUUGCGCUUCUGCAGGACUCAAUUACUUCUGUGGAGUUGCAGCUUUUUAGGCUUUCUGUGAGGAGGGAGUUCUUGGGAAGUGAUUCUGUGGGUCGAUUUUAUUGGGCUUCUGUCACACCGGGCGGGCAUCCGCGGUUUAUUGUUUGUGGGAGAGCUAUGCAGCAUGGAAGGAAGAUGAUGUAUCAUGGAGCUGCUGCUGACAAGUUUUCUGUUCUGCAGAAUUCUGCUUUAUCUGGCAUAGAUAAUCAUGAGGGGUCAAAAGCUUCCUGUCCUUUCCUAUCUGAGCUGAAUGAUGCUAUGGCCCUUUGUUCAUCAUGGUUUUGUUAUGAAACUGAUGCAGAAAUUCAUGAACUGACUGGUUGGUUGAAGACUAAUGACCCAAAGGGGAGAGAAUUGAAAGAGUCCAUUUUGCAGUGGCAAAAGCUGAGAUUUCAAGACUCUUUUCAAAAUGAAAAUGAAGGUCAGGAUGAGCACCAGGCAGAUCUGUCAUUGAGCAGAAAUAGGGAGCUAGCUGGAUCUUCUAAUUGUCUUGUCUCAAAGGCAGCCACAUUGCUUGAGGAGAAGUAUGGUCCCUGCUUUGAGUUGGAAACAAUUGACAUUUUGAAGAAGCGGGGGAAAAAGGUAAGAGUAGUCAAUGAUGAGAAGAUGUACAGAUGUGAUUGCUUAGAACUCAUUUGGCCUUCUAGACACCAUUGCCACUCUUGUCACAGAUCCUUUUACACUGAUGUGGAACUUGAGGGGCACAAUGACGGUAGGUGCAGUUUUGGUGCACCAGCCUUUGAGAAGGGUAAGGAAAUAACUGAUGUAAAGAAAGGCAAAGGGAAUCCAAAAUGUGAAGUCGUUCGGGAGGAGUGCACAGGAGAAAUGGAUGGUGUUGAAACUUCAAAAGGUGGACGUUCUCAGCCUAGCUCAAGGCUGAUUAAAUAUCAGAAUGAAGGAUUAGUAUGCCCGUAUGACUUUGAUGAGAUCAGUUCCAAGUUUGUGACAAAGGAUUCGAACAAGGAUUUGGUACAGGAGAUUGGACUUCUUUGUUCAAAUGGAAUCCCAUCUCUUGUCCCAUCCACAUCUCCUUACCUCAGUGAUUCUACAGUAGUCUUAAUUCCUCAGGAAGAUGUAGGUCUUGCAGGUGAUGGGUCCAAGGCUAUUGAAAGACCUGUUUCAGAAGAAAAUACUAGCAUAACUAAUGCUGGCCAUGAUGGUAGAUGUGAUAAUUCUCCCAGAAGAUCUGCAAAUGAAGUCAAUCAAAAAGUACUGAAAACCAACAAGGCAGCUUUAGGACGUGUGGAGAAAAGAGAGAAAAUAUCCUCUUUAGACUGCCAUUCUUUAGAAACGGGUGUUGGUCGCUGUUGUGUGGUGCCCGUGUCUUCCUUGAGGCCAUUAGUAGGUAAAGUAUCACAGAUUUCAAGGCGACUCAAGAUCAACUUACUAGAUAUGGAUGCUGCCCUCCCUGAAGAAGCUCUUAGACCAUCAAAGUCGCAUGUGGAAAGGAGAUGGGCAUGGCGUGCUUUUGUUAAAUCUGCAGGGACAAUAUAUGAGAUGGUUCAAGCAACAAUUGUAUUGGAGGACAUGAUUAGGACAGAAUACUUGAGGAAUGAUUGGUGGUAUUGGUCUUCACUCUCAGCUGCUGCCAAAACUUCUACUCUCUCUUCCCUUGCCCUACGUAUAUUCUCCCUUGAUGCUGCUAUCGUGUAUGAGAAGAUCUCAUCCUGUUUAGAUUCAACUGAAAAUUUGGAACCAAGCAGCAUACCAGAUCCAAAGCCGCUUCCAAGCUUGGAAUUAGCAGAGAAAUCCAAGGUCACCAGGAGGUCUAACAAGAAGAGGAAGGAACCAGAGGGUUAAUCUUGGGAUGCUUGACCUUUUCAUUUCCUGAGGAAUUCAUUCCAGACCAAUUUUGAUAUGGGGCAGCAGUGGCCCAUUUGUUGUAUGCAUAGUAGAUAUGAUCAGAGACCAGUUUGUGGUUUUUUCUGGGUCAUAGAGAAUCUGGGGACAGGUGACUGAGGUCGCUGUGCUGCUGCCAAAUCGUUUGGAUGUACAUAUGAGGUAAAAGCUGACUUGCUAACUCAGGAUGCUCGGUUGGGAAGCUGAGUUCUGCUCGGAGGACUUUGAAAUACUGUGAGCAGUAAUGCACGAGGAUAUAUCCAAUUUUGGAUUAAUUCUGCUGCAGCUUUCAGAUUUGUUGCUUGGAAAGAAGAUUUGGGAGUACAUUUUUCUCACUGAGCCGGAUCCAUAUACGUAUACAGAGGAAUUUUUGUAAAAAAAAAAAAAAAAAAAGGGGGUGGGGAGUGGGGCAGGAUAAAUUAGGAACAGUCAAAGUUGAGCAGGUGUAGUUAUAUUCCAUUCUUUAUUCAUCUCUUUAUCUAUCCCACCUUGCUUUUGUAAAUUUUUGAAUUAAAUGAGGGUGUGGUAGAGAAGUUGCGUAAAAGUAGUCACCAUUGUGCUCGGAUUUUGGCAUUUCACUAAAAAUUGAGUGACCAAUCUACGGCUCUGUAGGUGAUUCGCCAUACCGACUCCAUUGGGAACAAACAAACCAUGCGUGAUUUGCCAUACAAUAUGCUUCAGGUUAUCAGUU